AUGAACGCUAUAAAGGGCAAACACCGCCCCAAGAAAGAAGGAAAACCAGCGUACGAUCGGACUCCUCUCAUCAGUGACGAAGCGCGACGAAAAUCGGCAUCGUCUGUGGAUGAUGAAGAACGAGGCACCUAUGGGAUAUUGCUAACACCGCUAGUAAAGCCGACGAAUCUCAAACAACGAAAUGUCCACGCUAAUCAAAAUGUGGACUUGCAAGGAAACGAGGGCACCAAGGAAGAUUCUUACAUUGCAUUGCUGAAUCGAAAUCGAAAUUUACGAUUCUACAUUUUCAGUCUUCUGGUGACCAAUUGUGGUGAAUGGCUGUCCUACAUUGCCUCAAUAGAUUUAAUUGAAACCAGAUUGGCUAGGCUGAAUCAAGAAUCGAGGACGGCAGUUUCCAUUCUAGUGCUAGUGCGUCUCUUGCCGAAUGUCAUAUUUUCUUCAGUGGGUGGCAAAUUGGCCGACAAAUAUGACCGACGACAGCUAAUGUUUGGAUUGGAUGUCAUCAGUGCCGUGGUCACAUUGCUUUUUGUAGUGGCAUAUGAAUUGCAAUCCAUUCCGAUAGUAUAUGUGGCGAGUUUUGCACAGCAAGCGCUUGCAGGGCUAUACCAGCCAUCUUCCUAUAGCAUAAUUCCCAUGUUGGUCAAUGAUGACGACAACGAUUUGAAAAAAGCUACCACCAUGCAGGGAAUGGUUUGGAGUGCGAUGCAAGCUUUUGGUGCUGCAUUGUCAGGGUUUGUAGUGGAUGCACUUGGAGUUCGAAUAUGCUUCUACCUUGAUGCUGGCACCUUCGUUCUCAGCGCUUUGUUUAUGUGGAUGGUUCGAGGAGAAUACAGGGCAGUGCCGGUUCGGGGAGAAUACAAGACGAAUCCGAAGAAGAAAGCUGGUGCGAUUGUCCAUCCUGUCCAACCAGACUUGGUUCACAGCGCAAGCUAUGUGGAUGGAGUCAAGUAUUUGUUUUCUUCCUACUUUGCCGCUCUGAUAUUUGUCAAGGGUAUUGGUGAGCUUGCUUCUGGGGCUUGCGAUGUUCUGAAUGUUGUCGUGUCCGAACAAGACGAUGACACGGGUGGUCUGAGUAGCGGUUUCAGUAGUAAUUUCAAGCUGGGUGUCUUGUUUUUCUUUGUGGGGACGGGAUGCAUGAUUGGACCACUUGUCUCGCAACCAUUCGUAGAUGCUGAACGACCAUCCACCCUGCAACUGUCGUGUGCGUUGUCUUUUGCAAUUGCAACCAUUGGGUAUGUGGGGUGGUGCUGGGGUCCGCCAUCCUUUUGGGUCCUCUGCUUUUUCGCCCUACUUCGGUCGGCGGGAUCUUCUGUCACUUGGAUCAACAGUUCCAUUUUGCUUCAAAAAUUCGCUUCCACGGAAAUGAUGGGUCGGGUCAUGUCCAUGGACUAUGCCGUCGCUCUAGCUGGAGAAGCCUUGUCGGCUUAUCUAUGUGGCUUUCUCAUGGACAGAUACGGACUGUCGUUUCAUGAAGUGGUCUUUGGAUUGACCAUGAUCUCUCUGAUUUCCACUGCGUUUUGGUUCAUCUAUCACUUCUCAGGCAGAGGCGCCGUGAAGUACAGAGUCCGCCCGUCUAUGAUUUCCCUGGUCCCGGUGCCUAAAAAGGCGACAAGAAGUUCAAAUUCCUGA